AUGGCAUUUAGUAGUCGCAUGGUUUACGUAAAAGCCGCAAAAGUUGAUAGGUUUUUUAAUAAAAAGUAGAUUUCAAAAAAGAAAUUUAAGUGUAAAACCAUGUCUGCUGGAUUAACUCGUUUGUGGGAGCGAUUACCACUCAAAAAACAUGCGGCCCAAAGCAGAAUCCGUGUUUUUUCCAACCAGGACCAGCCAGAAAUUGAAGACGAUGAAGAAUUCCGAGUGCUCAGCCUGCGGACGGUGAAGCAGCAAUUCCAGCGGCGCCAGCAGGUGCGCAGGGAUCCCAUCACACCUCCGCGCACCACUCGCAUGGCAGUGGAUCAGGAUUGGACGGCUGUUUGGCCAGGACCACGAUCCUUCCACCCGGCCAGUGUGCCUCUGCCACUUCGCCAGGGAUUCACGGAGCGUGGGGCGGCAGCCCCCUCGAAAUUCGCCAAUGCGGAGCUGAUGAAAAUCCCCAACUUUCUGCAUUUAACACCGCCUGCCAUUCGUCAGCAAUGCGAAGCUAUUAAGAGAUUCUGCACCCCGUGGCCAAAGGGUCUGGAAACGGAAGCCAAGUGGCAGCGACACUUUCCCAUCGAGGUCACCACCACAGACUACUGCCAGAGUUUGCCCACGAUCAGGAACCCGGAGGCCAGGAAGGUGACCGUGUCCCUGAAGCUCUCUGAUCUUCGGUUUGAUUCGCAUUCCCGGGAUAAGUUUCUGCGCCUCGUGGGCGAUCGUUACAACAAGGAGACAGAUAUCCUUACAAUUGUCACGGAUCGGUGUCCCCAAAAGAAGCAGAACUACGACUACGCCUUGUAUUUACUCACCGCUUGCUACCACGAAUCCUUUGUCACCGAACCCUGGGAGGAAACCAAAUCGGAGGCCGACAUGGAAGAGUAUUUGUUUGAAAGGAACCAGUCGAAGAUUUCCGCCGAGGGAAUCCUCAACUGGAACGCCAAAGAGGGCGCCCCCAAGGAGUCUCCCAGUAAAUCAUAUGCCAAUAGUGUGGAGCAGCUGAUCAACGAGGGUGAAAACGAGUACAAUUUGGGCAAAUACAAGGAGGAGGUCAAGAAAAUGUUGAACAUUGUCUAGGGAACUUGUUUACGCCAAUAAAGCAUGAAGUUAUUAAUAAUUUA